GUCGAUAUUAACACUUUAAAUCCGUGUCGUAUUUCAAAACACAUCCUACGCGGAAACCCCAACCACGGGCGGCGGAUAUUAAGGUAGGUAUAAGUUACCAGCUGACCGACGUGAGCGUUUAUUCAAGCACGCGCCCUAAACAAGACUCCCCAAUUCGCGAUUCGGCAGAUUUACCAUAGCUUCGCAUCUAUACAAGUGGAUAAAAUAUUUAUUCUGGAUAGUCACCUGUAAUUGUUAGUAGUGCAGUCAAAAUGUCCACAAAGAAACACCAUGCAUUCGUGUCCUCACGAAAAGGAUCCCAACGAUCACAAGAUGUACCAGGCAUUGGUUCUGUAUACGCCGGACGACUUGCUAAACAUAAUAUAACUUCGGCGUCACAGUUGACGGAUUUAUAUCAUCAAACUAGCAGUAAAGCGGAGUUUCUACGUGAAUACCAAAGUAUGACAGGUGCUAAUUCGCGCUAUUCCGAUAUGACAUAUGAAGGAAUAAGACAACAAGCUGCUAUGAGUGAUUAUGGUCGUGAGUCAUACUCGUACUCUACACCUGACUACUCAUAUAGUGCACCUUUUAACUUUGGUACAACUCGCCAGCCAACAUAUUCGACUUCUAAUCAAACAAUUCGUAAUCCGGUUUCUUCUCCGCUUCUAACAACUGCAACCCAAGACCAGUCCAGCCAAGCUGCAAAGACCACCAUUUCCACUACUGAAGUUAAGUUGAAUCCAAUCAAGAAACCAGUCGUCUAUGGACUUGAUCCCAUUGAUUUCUUAUUGGUAUUUCAGAUGUCAUUAUUAAAGAAGAUUCUUCGACAACACCGGCUAUUCAACCAAUUCCGACUCAAGUUAAGUUGGAUCAGACUAAGGAAAUCAACGCCUUUGGAAGUACCACCAAUUCCGUAG